AUUAGCUCUUCAAACUUCUGUUUCAAUCAAACGUUUCAAAACUGAAACCCUAAUCCAAUCACCAAAUCUCUACAAUGAAUACCAAAGAAACCUUCAAUUUACCUACCCAAACCCAACUGAAAGAUCACUUAAAACUUUUAAAAGCAUUUUCAAAUCUAAAACAUCAAGUUCAAUCAUCCUACAAAUUCAAUUCCAUCAACUUAACUUUGAACAAUGAUAAUGAGUACAAAUUUAAUAUCUUUUUACAUUUGGCAGUCGAUCGAUUUGAAAAAUGGUUAAAGAUUAUGGGUCAUAAAGGUUAUAAAGAAAUCCGGUUGGAUGAUUUACCUCCUUUGGAUGUACUUAUGGUUUGGCAUUCUUAUUGUUUAAAUCCUAGAUGGUAUUGUGAAGAUAGUCUUAGGUUACAUUCUGGUUUACGGAUUCCUUUUCCUUUGGAAAUAGCGGCCAGUAAUAUUCAAUUCGAUUCCACUGGCGACGUAAUCACCAGUAGUCUUAAUCCUUCUCAAGAAAAAAGUUGGAUUUCUGAAGUACCAUUCGAUCCAAGACUGAAUGCUUCCAUCUCUUCAGGAAGAGUUAUAAGCUGUCCUAAUUGUCAAGCUGAUCUUCACUUAGCUUGGACCAGUGCCGAUCAUACUGGUUGGGUCGAUGAGGCAUGUUUGAUAAAAUGUGAUGAGUGUCAGGAAUGGUCAGGUGAUCGAUUAGUACUUGGAAGAGAACGAUUCAUCUCUGAUCUUCGUCAAGUAAUCAAAUCACCCGUUGACCAUCACACCAUUGCUGGAACAUUGACAACUUUACAGAACCUAACCGAUUUUGAAAAUGCAACUAGACUGAAAUUAAACUUGAUCAAAAUCAUCACUGAAUCCGGGACUUCACUCGAUUCAUUAAGUGGAUCUUCAAUCGAAACUAUUCUCAAAAAAUCUUCACCAAAAGCAAGAUGGCUUAGAAGAUCAUUAAGUGCUUAUAGUUCUGGUACUCCUUUUUCAAUUGAUCUAGCUUCAGCUGUGAUUCGACAAUCAUCUUUUGUAGGUAAGAUGGUGGAUUUAGGGUUCACUAACUUGAUUGAAACUCGUGAUGGACAACCAGUCUUGCAAAGGUGUUUGGAUCGAUACCAAGCGUUUUUAAGCCUUAUGCGUAGCGAUUCUUCUACCUUUUUUGUUCCAACUAUAGAUAUUGAUUUGGCUUGGCAUACACAUCAGUUAGUUCGUGGAUGGAAGUAUUGUCAAGAUACGAUUGAUCUUGUAGGAAGACUUGUAGAUCAUAAUGAUGAUGUUGAAGAAAGUCAACUUUCUGAUUCAUUUGAAAAAACAUCGAAAGCUUGGAAAGAUAUGUUUGGUGUGAGUUAUUCUGGAUGUGAUUGUUCAUUAGAUCAUUUUGAAGAAAAAGAUCAAGUUUGUAAAGAGAUUAUCACUUUACUUGAUCAUGAACUUCAGUUUGAGGAACCGAUCUUUAAACGAAUUGAUGAUCACAACCGUUCUGAAAGUCUUGGGUUUUCUGAAACUAAUGGUUUCGUAUUUGAUAAUUUAAAACAAGUGAUUGGAUCUGCUUGUGGUGGGUGUGGUGGAGGUGGUGGGUGUGGUGGUUGCGGUACUGGUGGUUGUGGAGCUGGAAUUCAAUCAUUUCAACAAAAGAUUUCUGCUUGUGGUGGUUGUGGAGGAUGUGGGAGUGGAGGUUGCGGUAGUGGAGGCUGCGGAGGUGGGAUGCUGAAUUCUUAUAAUAAGAAGAUUUCUGCCUGUGGAGGAUGCGGAGGAUGCGGGAGUGGUGGAGGAUGUGGUGCAGGAGGAUGUGGAGGUGGAAUGCUAGAGUCUUUUAAUAAAAAGAUUUCUGCUUGUGGAGGAUGUGGUGCAGGAGGAUGUGGAGGGGGAUUAGUUUGAACUCCAAGUCUAGUAUACUUUCUUGAUUUGUUUUAACAGAUCAUUGGUUUCUGAAUUCCCCUUCAAUGGUUCAUUUCAUCUCUAUUAUGGAUAUAUGUCUAGUCAUUUGUUGUAUUUCUUUUAUGAAUUGUAUUAUUGAUCAUUUAUGAAAUCCCAACUCAUUUGAAUUUUGAAUUUUGAAUUCUUAUUU